AUGUCACCUCCGUCCCCCGGUAGAAAUGUAUGUAGAACAAAGGCUGUCCACUCAGAAAAGGUUCCAACAGUGGAUUGUGCAUUUUCCGGGCUAAAUCCACAUAUUAAAUUUAUUCUAUCUUCUCUGUUUAUAGCUUGUUGCCUGAUAAUAAACACUAUUGCGCUCUAUCCCUCACUUCUGCUUACUAUUCAAACCCAGUAUUCCAAUCAACCCACAUUUUCCUUUCUCAUCAAUCGUAAUGAUGGCUUACCUUAUUUAUUUUGUUCAGUAGAAUUCCAUUUUUUACGGAAUCACUAUAAUCGUUUUAUGCUGUCCCGCAAUCACUUUGAAACGCCGUUGUUGUCGUCAGCUCGACUUGCGAAACGAACGUUGGUAAUCUACGGUCAGUCAGCCGCGAUGGUGACCACGGUACUACAUGAACGAGGCUACAAAGCCGUUCAUUUGUCUGGAAGUAAGUUGAGCUCAUAUGGACUCAGAGGGUCUGAGAUUUACGAGAUUUUUAACGUCUUUCCAAGAAAAAGAGCAAGAAGAGGGAGUCGUUUAUGGCGAAGCACCUCAUCGUCGCGGCUUCGUAGUGUUGAUUCCAAAUCGAGGCUUUCAGUAAACAAGGCAAAAGCUCCAUGGAAAUACUAA